AUGUCGGGCAUCGAGGCCGUUGGAUUAGUCCUCGGGCUGUGGCCAAUUAUUGCUAAUCUUGUCAAAGGUUACAACGCGGCUAAGAACGGCGAUGACCGCGAAUUAUUUCUGCUUAAACUUGAAGUUCAGCAGAUUAUCUAUGAACGCUGUGCAAGACAGCUUGUUCAACAAAAUGAGGAAGGUAUCGGCGAUAACUUGACCAACAUGGAGAUCAGACUACUCGGCACCUCAUCUUGGCAAAAUCUAUCCUUUCGAACCAGACUGCGGAAGCGUCUUGGUACAAGGGAACUUGAGUUGCUAGAGUCUGUCCUGAAGCAGAUCGAAAAGACAAUGAUUAGUUUACGUAGCCAACUUGAGAGCGGCCAAGCAGAUCUUACAUUUCCAGGCACGCGUCGGAGUCGGAUGAAGCAUCACUUUCGUCAGAUGAGAAUAAACAUGCCGCACUCAGAAUUUCAAAAAUCAUUUGAAAAACUCAAGGAACACAACAAGGAUCUACAGCAGCUUGUACAGGCUUUCGAACAGCCUCGAAUCACGAUUGAACAGAAAUCUUGGACUUCAGGUCGAACACGACAGAUCCUCAACAUGACGAGACCAAGAUGCGUACUUCCAACGCACAUAAACGAAUUCUCACGAAUUCUAGAAGAUAGCUACCGUUGCAAAUGUAGCAGGGGACACGGAGUGGAUCUUAACAUCAAUGGGGACACCAAUUACCAAGUGUAUUUCCAUGUUGGUGACGAAAUUGAGGUGCAAUCCGACAGAAAGGAACAAAACAUAGCCCCUGGAAUACCUCAACAGACGGAUUUCAGCAGAACUCCAAGCCAGGAUAAUAUCAAGACACCAUGGUCUCGAUCCAGUCAAAAGAGUAAAAGCAGGGAAUAUCACCGAAAACGAACUACCCGCACACUUCCCAUCAUGUUCUACCGUCCGCUUUCAGAAUCUAAGGACUACGUGAUUGGCGAUAUGUGCAAACUGGUGAAAAGUCUACAUGGGAAUGUCGGAAACAACCGGAGAUCGUAUCAAACAAUUGGUACACUUGGGUACGGGGACAGACAUUUUGCAGCACGCCUCAUGGAACCAGGAAUGCCUGACGAUGAAGUCAUAUCUCUUGAUGAGAAGCUUCCAGAAACUGAAGACUGGCUUUUGUCCCGCCAAAGUCGCCACGAUAUUGCCCAGAGGCUUGCGCUGGCCAUUGUGCAAUUUUGGUCAACGUCCUGGAUUGAAAGAUGGUGGACAUGGAAGAAUUUCUCAAUCAAGGAGCAUGGACCCAGGGACUUCGAAAUUUUCAUGACACGGACUAUCUUAGCACCAAAUUGCCGGGGAAAAGCAACAGAGAAGCCAGCUGUAAUCUGGAAAUCCCUGAGGGAACCGUUGCUAAUUCGGCUGGGUUUUGCGUUGAUUGAGUUAGCGAUGGGGAUGAGAUUGUCUCGAUUAAGAACAAAGCAGAUGUAUAGCAGCGUAGUCGUGGAAGAUAUCGGGGAGAUCAGCGAAGAUGCAAAGGAUUAUGAUACCGCCAUGACGAUUUUGGAGCAGAAAGUCUUGCAGGACGAAGUCAGUCUGGCUUAUCAGACAGUAGUAGAAGCAUGCUUAAGGUGUGAAGUGGUUCGGGAAACUGGGGCAAUUUCUCUCACAACGACUGCAAGUUCUUUCCAAGAGGACGUGGAGCGAGAGAUUCUGCAGCCACUGGCCAAACACUAUCACACAACCUGGGGGGGACGUUGA